AUGACUGUCUUCUGGUACUACCAGCCUUUCGCAGGCAGUUCAUCCGAUGGCGUCAACCUCGAAAGGGCAAGACGUUUUGGUGACACUAUUGAGCAAAAUAAGCCAACGGCCGUUACCGUUGACUAUCUGCAGCGAUCAAGAUUCCGCGCGCCACAGAUGGUUCAACGGCUGUUUGGGAAAAAACUCUUGGCCGUCGUUGAACCCGGUGGUCAGCAUCGAGGUUCCGAGGCGGCCGACAUAUUGAGAAACGAAUCUGCAGUCGGUACCCGUAUCAAAACCCAUGAUCCCAACAAGGACCCAGAACUAUGA